AUGAGCUACGGGUCGAACCAGUACACGUCCUCAUCCUACAGAAGGAUAUUUGGGGAAAGCCCUCGCUUUACGGGUUCCCCGCCUAGAAUGAGCAAUGUCUCUUCAAGGAGUUCCAUGUCUUCCAGCGGUUUCAGGUCUCAGUCGGUAUCCCGCAGCAGCGCAUCUCCUCUGGCGUACUACAAGAGAUCGGGUCGGUCGUCUUCUUUCUCCCCGGUCCAUUUCGAUACCAUGGACUUCUCGCAAGCAUCCGCGGUAAACAACGAGUUCAAAAUCGUUCGAACCAAUGAAAAGGAACAACUGCAGGGUCUCAAUGACCGUUUCGCAAUGUUUAUUGAGAAAGUGCGCAAUCAGGAGCAGCAGAAUAAAGUGCUGGAAACCGAACUUAUGAGUCUGCGCCAGAGGCAGAACGAGCCGUCUAGACUUGCUGAACUCUAUCAGCAAGAGAUCAGAGAUCUGCGAGCCCAGCUGGAUGAAGUGAGCAGUGAAAAGUCCCAUAUUCUUAUUGAACGAGACGGCAUAGAGGAAGACUUGCACAAACUCAGAGGGAAGUUCGAGGACGAAAUCAGAGCACGAGAAGAGGCCGAGCAUACUCUCAGGGCGUACAAAAAGGACGUGGAUGAUGCCACGAUGGUGCGAGUGGACCUAGAGAGAAAACUCGAGUCCCUCUUGGACGAGAUCAAUUUUCUGAAGAAGGUGCAUGACGAAGAGGUGGCGGAUUUGACGAGUAUGAUCCAGGCGGCUCAGAUAUCUGUGGAAGUGGAGUUGUCUAAGCCCGAUCUCACGUCGGCCCUCAAAGAAAUCCGUGGCCAGUACGAAGUCAUUGCGUCUAAAAACCAACAGUCUGCUGAAGAAUGGUACAAAUCAAAGUUUGCCAGUCUGAACGAACAAGCCACUAAAACGAGCGAGGCUAUGAGAGCCACAAGGGAGGAGAUCAAUGACUACAGAAGACAACUGCAAUCUAAAACCAUCGAAAUUGAAACACUGAGAGGAACAAACGAAUCACUUGACCGACAGAUCCGUGAGAUGGAAGAUUCGCACAAUGCCGAGGUCGCAUGUUAUCAGGAUACAAUUGGGCAGCUGGACCUCGAUCUUAGAAACACAAAGAGUGAAAUGGCUCAUCACCUCAGAGAGUACCAGGACCUUCUGAAUGUCAAGAUGGCGCUCGACAUUGAAAUUGCAGCAUACAGGAAACUACUGGAGGGUGAAGAAACCCACUUCAGUUCCGGGGUCCAUUUCUCCAGCGCACCUAGCAUUAGUUACGGGUAUCAGAGUCCCUCCAUUACAACCUCAACUCGCAAUCCCAAGAAAGAGAAAGAGGAAGAGACACAGCCUAAAUCCAAUGCAGCUGCUAAGCGAGAUGAAAAUCCUGAGGAAACAGCUGUCAUUAAGAAGACAGUAAAAAUUGAUAAUGUUGAUGUUAAUUCCAACUAGAAUGUUGCUAUAGAUUAUGUUGUAUAUAGUUGUUUCUCUAAUAAGAAACCUGUUUAUUAUUGUGUGAUGUCAGUCUUAAUGCUUGACACAGUAACACUGCCAGUAGUUGUUUAUGGUAAAACACUUUAAUGUUACCGUGACAAUGUUUAAAACAUCACAUCUAGGAUGUGGUUUUCACAUUCCAAAACUAUUGCCUCAGAUAUGUUUUCCUUAUAGUUGUACUGUAGCUUCAGGGAUAGCAUUUUAGCAGUGUUAAAGAGCACAACCCACGAUGUGGAAAGAUAAGUGAGAUACACAAUAAAAAUUGAUUUAUUGAUUUUAGAUAGCAUGCUUGUUGGGAGCAUUAUGGCAUAUUUCUAAUAAGGGACCAAAAUUAUUGAAUCUUACAUCAACUGUACCAUAUGUAUGCCUUAACCACACCAACAGCAGUAAUUAAAAUCUCACGCUUA